AUGACUUGGCUUGGUCUAAGUCGGAAAAAUGCAAAAUUGAAAAAGCAUCGAUAUGCGCAAGACGAUGUAGAAGCUGAUGCCGUAUCACCUUUAUUUACUAGAAAAUCUGUGAUAGAAGCCGAAACAUCUGAAGAUCAACGUUCAUUGACUUCCAUCACUGAGUCAUACUCUCGAAUCAGCCCUUCUUCUCAUUAUUACACUUCUGCACCCGAUGAAAUUCACAUAAUCAGUUCAUCGAUGAAAAACAAUAAGAUGAUACAGGAAAGUGGAAGUUCACACAAGAGUAAAAGUAAUUCAGUAGCAAGUCAAAACUCUACAUCGCAAAUUCAGACAGCCGCAAAGUCUAAACAGUCUUCUCAGAAAGCAACAAUUGAAGUUCAUGAAACAUCAGUAAGGCGGUCAAUUUCAAUGGUGGAAUCAUCUGAACAAAAUAAUUACAGAUUAUCAGGCAAUUCGGUACAACCCAAUGAUGAAGUCAAACGUGAUAAGGCACAACAACAGUUAAAAUUAACUGUAUCAUCCAACAGCGAAACUUUACAGUCUAAUGAAGCAAAAGUAGAUAAUCCAAAUUAUAAAUCAUUUGCUUUAACGGAUCCACGCUUAUUUUAUGCUAACCCAUACAGCAGUUAUGCAGGUGCUAUGAUGUCACCAUUGAUGGAAAUGCAAACACUUUCGCCAGUAAUAUAUUCCGAAGACAAUUUGGAAGGCAAAAAAGAAUCUGAAAAAAUUACUGAGAAAACAACAGUUUUGGCAGAAUCUACAGGAGCGAAAGCGAAAAAAACAGCUGAAGAAGAUGUCGUUCUACAAAUGGAACCUAUUGGUGAAAAUGUUGUUGUCCAUCUUCAAUCACCUGUUCCAACUCAAAAAUCAACGAUUCUUUCAGUGAACCGAAAAACCUCUCUUAAACAAGUAGAUGGAAAAUUAAUUUCAAGUGUAGCUACAUCACCCUCUAAAUCAGCUACGGAAAAAACCGCUAUUUUUCUGCGUGAUGCAAACUCACAUGAAGCUGAAGACCGACAUUAUGUGUUAAGUGAUUCAGAAUCUAAAGUACUCGUUGUUGGAGCUGAACCGAGAUCAUAUCAUACUGAUACCGAGUGCGCGUCUACUUCUUGCAGAAAACAUUUACCUCUAAUUAAAUUACAGCGAGCUAAUCCGAUUUAUCACGCAGUUCCAUACUAUGCACGUGCGUUAGACACGUCUGAUACUGGAAUAGUGAAUCAAGUUUCUUCUCAAAAGCAGAAAAAAGUAAGUAGUCAAAUUGAUGGUGCACUACAAAAUUUUUUGCUACGAGUAAGCAUCAGUGAAGAUCGUUCUGGUGGCUAUGCAUACUAUCAUAGACCAUCACAACAAAUUGGAUCAGUUGAUGUAAUACAAACUUCUAUGGGCAAUGGUCAGCAAAAACCUAUUAUUGUCCAACAAAAGCAGCGGUCAUUAUCUCCUAAUAAAACAGCUCAGUCUUACCGCAAGCAUACUUUUGUGUAA